ACUCUCCUGCGUGUGUGGCUGCAGUGAAUCGACUCGUCUCCAGGGUGUACCACAGACUGCAGUGAAGGAGAAGGGCAGGGCUGCCGCUACUGCUACUGCUCCUGCUGUUGUGUAAAGAAUGUGUUGAUACAAGAUGGUUCAUCAGGAGAAGUGCAUUUACCAGGCCCAGAGAAAUGAGAGGGAGUCCAUCAGGCAGAAGCUGGCCCUGGGCAGUUUCUAUGACGACGGACCAGUCAUCUACACAGGCAGCACCAAGAACUCUCCAUCUUCACGGUACCAGAAUGGGGUGAAUUUGCAGGUGUGUUUUGUGAAUGACAGCAGCAGUGAUAAGGACAGUGAUGCCGAGGACAGCAGAACAGAGACCAGCCUGGACACCCCACUGUCACCUGUGAGCAAGCAGAGCUCCUCGCUGUCAGACCGGGACACGGGUGAGGAGGACUCGGACCCAUUGGAGGAGUCGGAGUUCUGGAGGCUGCAGAGGCGGCUGCAGGAGGAGGCCCGAGUGGCGCUGGCGCUGGCCCGGCCCAUGGCCCGCAUGCAGGUGGAGGUGGAGCGGCACAUACAGCUGCAUCGCAGAUCCCCUGUGGCCGACUUGCUUCCCCACCUGCCUCACAUCAGUGAGAGUCUGAUGAAGAGAACCCUGAGGCCUGGCGACAUGAGAGACAUGAGCCUGGGGCAGUUACAGGUCAUCACCAAUGACCUGCACUCACAGAUUCAAAGUCUGAAUGAGGAGCUGGUAGAGUUGCUACUGCUGAGGGAUGAGCUUCAUGUGGAGCAGGAUGCCAUGCUGGUGGAUGUGGAGGACCUGACCAGGCAUGCUCAGCAGAGACACAUGCCAGAGAAAGCCCUCUCCAAAUGAAACAGUCUUGCCCCAAUCCUCCCGUACAAAACCCAGACCCAGGUGACUGGAUGGAUGGAUGGAUGGAUGGAUGAAUGGAUGCAGUGUCUUCAUGCUAGGCUAUAUAUAGUGCCAGUUAUCACUACAGAUGUCUAUAAAUCAGUCCUUGCACAUGUCAAACAUAGUGGGAGUGUAUUCUAUUUAAUAUGAGCACCAUGAGCUUACAUGCAUGUCUGCAUUGUGGCUGAUUAUUGUGCUCCUCUGUGAAGGGCCACAGGGCCUCAGUAUAACAUAUUGUGAUGUUUAGGAGAUACAGUCAGUUACUGAUGAGCAUAGAUGGUUGCAGUUGGUGAUAAUAAGGGCUCCAUCAUCAUUCAAUCACUAUUAAAUAUGUUGAAUUCUGUUGUCUAUCUAUCGUCAGACAUAGUAAAUUAUUUGCCUGGCAUAGGGGAAUGGGGCAAAAGGGUAUUAAUACAGUGCCAUCUCGAGUGAUUGUAUUUGAAUGAAGUAAAUACUGUCAAUGUAUAAUUUUCUGGCAAAUGGAGCAAUAUAGUUUGAUAUGCAGCACAGCAAAGUAUAAAUCUAUUGAUUUCUUCCUUUAUUCACAGAGUAAAUUGCCUCAUCAUUUAUAAUGUCAUUACAUAUGGCAAUAAUUGUUUUAACGUCCCUUAUUUUUUGUAUUGUAUAUAUUUUUGGCCGUUUAGGGGUGAUUAAUAUGUCCGAUUCGUAAAUAAAGGCUUUUGUGCAGACUAA